GGGUCCCGGGGGCGCGCAGGUGCGGCCGCCGCCCUCACGGACAGGCGGCCGGUCUCUUAGGACGAGGUGGAGGUUGCAGAGACAAGAACUGAAGGAUCCAAAGAGGGAGGCACUCACAUUUCAAGAUCUCUAAGAAGAGGUAGAAAAUAGUUAGAAUGGAAUCAAAAGCUUGUGAAUCAAACAAUGAAGAUCAUCUAUCAAGCGGCAUCACAACCAAUGGAGGUUCUUCAAGUCCAUUUUUUGUGUCAUCUGUUCGUGGUACAGUAACUGAAAAUGCUUCUUCAACUGGGACUUUAACACAAAUGCCUUUUUUCCCUAAAUAUGAAGUGGAACUUGAUUCUCAUAGGAAGGUCAUCCCUUACCCUGGGAAAGAACACAUCGAACGUGUUUUGGAAGAAUAUUCACAUCAAGUUAAAGAUUUGCAGAAAAGACUCAGUGAAAGCAAUGAAUUACACGAGAAACAAAAGUUUUACUUAAGACAGUCAGUCAUUGAUUUACAAACAAAACUUCAAGAAAUGCAAAUGGAGAGAGAUGCCAUGGCUGACAUCAGACGAAGGGAGAGUCAGUCCCAGGAGGAGUUAAGAAAUCAGCUUCAAAAUACAGUUCAUGAGCUUGAAGCUGCCAAGUGCCUCAAGGAGGACAUGCUGAAAGACAGCAGCACACAGAUAGAGCAGCUAAGAAAAAUGAUGCUUAGCCACGAAGGUGUGCUUCAAGAAAUCCGGUCAAUAUUAGUUGACUUUGAAGAAGCCUCAGGCAAGAAAAUAUGUGAACACGACAGCAUGUCUACCAUGCACUUCCGCAGCCUGGGCUCCACUAUUAGUAAAAUCCUAAGAGAAUUAGACACAGAGAUCUCUUAUCUUAAAGGGAGGAUAUUUCCAGUAGAGGAUCAGCUUGAAACACUGAAAUCUGAAUCACAGAACAAAAUAGAGCUAUUACUUCAACAACAUCAAGAUCGGAUUGAGCAGUUGAUAAGUGAACAUGAAAUUGAAAUAACAGGACUUACGGAGAAAGCCAGCAGUGCACGAAGCCAAGCCAAUAGUAUCCAGAGUCAACUGGAAAUCAUUCAAGAACAAGCAAGGAACCAAAACUCCAUGUAUAUGCGCCAGCUCAGUGACUUGGAGUCUACUGUUUCUCAGCUGCGUUCUGAACUGAGGGAAGCCAAGAGGAUGUAUGAAGAUAAGAUAGAAGAGCUGGAGAAGCAGUUAGUCCUUGCCAAUUCAGAGCUCACUGAGGCGCGCACCGAGCGGGACCAGUUCAGUCAGGAGUCAGGAAAUCUGGAUGACCAACUCCAAAAGCUGUUGGCAGACCUACACAAGAGGGAGAAGGAGCUGAGUCUGGAGAAGGAGCAGAACAAGCGCCUGUGGGACCGAGACACCGGCAACAGCAUCACCAUCGACCACCUGCGGCGGGAGCUAGAUGACAGGAACAUGGAGGUGCAGCGGCUGGAGGCCCUGCUCAAGGCCAUGAAGAGCGAGUGUCAGGGCCAGAUGGAGCGGCAGAUGGCAGCCAUUCAGGGGAAGAACGAGAGCCUGGAGAAAGUGUCCUCCCUCACUGCACAGCUCGAGUCCACCAAGGAGAUGCUGCGCAAGGUGGUGGAAGAGUUGACGGCCAAGAAGAUGACCCUGGAGAGCUCUGAGAGGACAGUGUCCGACCUAACAGCUUCCCUCCAGGAGAAGGAACGAGCCAUUGAGGCCACCAAUGCAGAGAUCACCAAGCUCCGCUCGCGGGUGGACUUGAAGUUACAGGAGCUUCAACACCUGAAGAAUGAGGGGGACCACCUGAGAAAUGUGCAGACCGAGUGUGAGGCGCUUAAGCUCCAGAUGGCGGAAAAGGACAAGGUCAUCGAGAUCUUGCGGCAGCAGAUUGAGAACAUGACGCAGCUGGUUGGCCAGCACGGCCGGACCGCUGGUGCGAUGCAGGUGGAAAAGGCCCAGCUGGAGAAAGAGAUCAAUGACCGGAAGCUGGAACUGCAGGAGUUUAAGUGUGAUCAAAUAUCCUGCAACAAAGAGGACUAUGAAGUUUUGAAAAGGAAUUUCCGAAACAAAAGUGAAGAAAUGGAAACUACUACAAACAAACUAAAGAUGCAAUUGAAGUCUGCGCAGUCUGAGCUGGAGCAAACAAGGAAUACCCUGAGGACCAUGGAGGGCUCCGAUGGCCAUGCUAUGAAGGUGGCAAUGGGCAUGCAGAAGCAAAUCACAGCCAAGAGGGGUCAGAUAGAUGCCCUGCAGAGCAAGGUGCAGUUUUUAGAAGAGGCUGUGACAAGCGCCAACAAGGAGAAGCAUUUUUUGAAAGAAGAGAAGAGUAAGCUCAGCCAGGAGUUGAGUACCGUGGCAACAGAGAAAAACAAGAUGGCCGGGGAGCUAGAAGUGCUUCGGUCUCAAGAACGCCGCUUGAAGGAGAAGGUUGCUAACAUGGAAGUCGCUCUUGACAAGGCAUCUUUGCAGUUUGCAGAAUGCCAAGAUAUCAUACAGCGCCAGGAGCAAGAGUCUGUGCGUCUGAAACUUCAGCACACUUUGGAUGUAAAAGAGCUUCAGGGCCCUGGCUACACCUCUAAUCCUUCCAUGAAACCUCGCCUUCUCCAGCCGGCCUCCGGAACCCGGUCUCAUUCCAAUGUACCCUCCUCCCAGUCAACGGCCAGCUUCCUGUCUCAUCACUCUCUGAAAACCAACACACUGAAGGAAGACCCAACCAGGGACCUGAAGCAGCUGCUCCAAGAGCUGAGAAGUGUGAUCAACGAGGAGCCGGCCAUGCCUCUGAGCAAGACAGAAGAGGAUGGACGGACACCGUCCCUUGGAGCAUUAGAUGACAGGGUGAGAGACUGCAUCACGGACUCGAGCCUGCGAUCAGAGCUCUGCCACAGAAGUAACAACUCCUUGAGGGAAUCCACUGAAGGGAGCAAGUCUAGUGAAACUCUUAGCAGAGAGCCAGUCACACUGCAUGCGGGGGACCUGGAAGAUCCGUCUAGUUGCUUCACAUUUACGUCUACAGCAAGUCCAUCUGUGAAGGUUUCAGGCUCUCGUUCAUUCAAUUCCUCUCCUAAGAAGUCUCCAGUGCACUCCCUCUUGACUAGUUCUGCGGAGGAGUCAGUAGGCUCUACAUCCCAGUACCGCUCCACCAAGCCUAUCCACUCACCUGACUCUACUAAAGAUUCACAGUCUCCAUCACUAGAAACAACAGGAAAAACAUGCCGAAAACUGCAGAACAGACUGGAAAGUUUGCAAACCUUGGUAGAAGAUUUACAGCUGAAGAACCAAGCAAUGUCUUCAAUGAUCAGAAAUCAAGAAAAGAGGAUUCAGAAAGUGAAAGACCAAGAGAAAAUGUUACUAAAAUGAUGUCAUCUCUUGCCCGCUCUCUACAAAGGGCUGGCGCCCGAUGAGCCGUGCUGUUACUUAUAAUUAGUGCCCUGGACGUUUUCUUUUUAUGUGAAAAUUUAAUAAAAGAUACCCUGUCCCAUAAACU